AUGCAGGCCGAUAAACCUUCUGGUCCCAUCGCCACUGUCCCAGACUCACCGGCUUCCUCGAAUCCGAAUAAACCGCCCGCUUCUUCUUCUUAUCUGGCAACCACCAUCGGAGGCACGACUGCUCCUCCACCUCUACAUCCUCCACACCUACCAGCCCUACAUAAUGCCCAUCCCGCCGUGAUGGAUCUCGAUACGACUACCACGGACGAUCGUUCUCGUCGUGCUACCAGCGUGAUCUCUAUGGAUGACCUCGAGGCUGCUCAAGCCCUCGAAGGUCUUCGCUCUGAUUUUGGUCAAUCCCCACGAGUAUCGCGACAGACACUGCCAGCAGCAACGCCAGACCCACCACAGCCAGAGCCGCUCUUGUCGCUACUCACUUCUUCUCACCCGCUAAUUUCCUCCGCUAUCAACGGCUCCGUUUCCGCUUACACCACCUCGAAAUCGUACUCGGCCCGUUUCAAGUCUGGAGCUGAGUUCAUCGAGCGCAACAUUGGUUCGCCAGUCGCAAAUACAGUUGGAACGGUCGGUCGCAAGACGGGUGUUGAGAGUGGUCUGCGCUGGGCAUUGCAACGGCGAGAAUCCGGGUCGGAGGCCAAGCCCUCCAGCAAGCGCCGCAAGGUGAGCGGUGAGGCUGGGUCGCAAAAAGUGGACGAGGAAAAGGGACAGGAGAACGAGAUGACGCCGGCACGUACUCGUAGUUCGUCGGAUCUAUCUAUGGCGGAAACCCUGCCGCCAUAUGAUGAGAUGCGAUCACCCCGCUACGAGGAGAAACCCGGCAGACAGACACCGCCAACAUGGCAAAGUCGACUAGUUAUCUCAACGUCGGGAUUGGGAGUCGCAAUGAGCGAGGAGUCGUUGCGCAGCUUGCAGUAUUGUCUAACUUGGCUUCGCUGGGCGAAUGGACGUCUUGGGCGAGCCAUUGUCGCACUCCAGAAUGCUAUGACGGAAUGGGAGAACCACAAGCAGCAAUCGCAGACUGAUCUCGAAAGUGGGGACCGUUCUGAGAGCGCUUCUCUCUUGACCCAACGCAUUCAAGCUGUCAAGGCAGAUGUCCUCUCCACGUUGAAGCAAGUGGUCGACGUCGUGUCCAAGUACGCUGGGGGUGCUCUGCCAGAGAAUGCUCGACACCUGGUCCGACGACACCUCACAUCUCUUCCCCACCGAUUCCAGAUGGCAAGCACAUCUCAACCACCUCCCGACUCACCUGCUGCCUCCUCCGAUGCAACCGUCGGUGCUCACCGCAUCUUGGUUCUCGCUAAUGAAGGCCUCGACAUCUUGGGCCAGGUCAGCGGUGUGGUCAACGAUACCCUCGUCAGUGCUGAGCACUGGUGUGAGCGCCUGGGACGCAAGCGCCCCGAAAACAAAGCCGCACCGGAUGCGGAGAAACAAAACAAUAUGCCUUCCCCGCCAGACGCCCAGAUGUACGGUGCGGAUGUCAAGCAGCCCAUUGUCACCCAGUCAGCGCCCCAGGAGGAUGUGCAGAUGACUGGAACGGAGAAGACGUGA